AUGCUAGGCCAACGCAUCACAUCCCUAAUCCUACGAAAGCCAACACACGAGGGAGAAGCCUCUUUAGCGGGUCUCAGCCUUGCGGACUUGCGCUGGUGGCUCGCUGUUGAGAAGGGGCUUCCUGCAUUUAAACUGUCCGCGCUGCUGCGGGUUAUGCCUGCGGACGAGUUCGCGGCGAUAACAGGUAAUAGGAAGCUGUUGAAAAAGAAGAUUACGAGCAUGUACUUUAAGCCUAAGGAUUGGGAUAGGACGGAUGUUCAGGUUUGGGACUUUCCCAUGGAGAAGUUUCCUGGGGAUCGGGCGUGGGAUCGGGAGCCUAUAUAA